AUGAUGAAUCCUGCAGACUAUCCACAUUUACGUGUAUUACAGCUUGGUGCGGAGGCUUGUCCUUUGCAUGUUGCUUCCAAAUGGACGCAAUGGUCCAAACAACAUCCAGAACAAGGACUGGUGGUGUUAAACUCGUAUGGUCCCACCGAGGCGGCAGUGAUGACGCAUAUUGGAGUCUUGCAACCAGAAUGGACCGAACGUGUUUCCAUUGGACGCACCAUUCCAAACAUGAAAACAUAUAUUUUGAAUGAUCGUCAUGAAUUAAUUCUUGAAGGUGCCAUUGGAUCGAUUUGGGUUGCUGGUCCAGGUGUAUCUCCUUCGGGUUAUUGGAACCGACCUGAUUUGACAAGUCAGAAGUUUGCACCGAAUCCGUUUGUUGCAGUACAUCCCGAUGCACCUACCAUAUAUGACACAGGAGACAUUGGCCGUUGGAUCAGCAACACGUCACCGAAUGAUAAUGGAUAUGGAUGUGGCUGGAUUGAUUGUUUAGGACGAAAAGAUUAUCAAGUGAAAUGGAAUGGAUGUCGAAUCGAAUUGUCAUAUUUGGAACAUGUGGCACUUUUGUUUCGUGAACAAGAUCCUAAACUAUCGGAAUGUUGUGCAGUUUAUUAUCCACCAGCAAAUGAAAAUGAUGAGCCUGCCUGUUUGGUAUUGUUUUUCACUUACCAAAGUGCGGAUGAUGCAACGCGACAACAGCGACAGCGACAACAUACACCUGAAGACCUACUUCGCCAACAUAUGAAAUCUCAGUUAGCGGCGUAUAUGAUGCCUUCUCAUUUCAAAUACUUACCGAAUGGUUUUCCACGAAACAGUAGUGACAAAAUUGAUCGUCAUGCCUUGUCACGACCACAAAUCCAUCAUGAGGAAACACGAAACACGGCAACAGAAACAAAAACAAUAAUAAAAACAGAGCAACAGCAAGAGUGGAUGUCACUUGCGACUAUUUGGGCAGACAUCUUACAUUAAGCAACGCAAUAUGAAGAACUUGCGAAACACGUACGAAUUUAUUUACAGGACGUUGAUGCCAUUCGAAAAUACAAUAUGCAACCACCAAACAAUCACAACAAAUCUGUCCCAACUAUAUUAUUUGUGUGCCAAGAACCACGUUACAUGGAUCCAAGACAACAUGAUGAUGAUUGGAAACGAUGUAUUGAAAAUGAGAAUGCGGAUGGCAAUGUACAACAAUUGACUGUGGUGGCGACACCUGGCAAUCAUAUUAGUAUGAACUAUGAACCGAUCGUAUCAGAAUAUAUUUUGUCUCGAAUUAUUGCAUAA